CGGCGGGGUCGCGGGCAGGAGGCGGCGGCGGCGGCGGCGUCUCCGGCGGCUCUUUCUCCUCGCUUCGGCGGAGUUUGCGCCGGACGCGGGGCGGGAGGUCUCGCUUGCGGGAAGGCGGAACGGAGCGACCCCCCGGAGGGAAGGGGGAAGCGCCUAGCCCCGGGAGAGAAGGGGCUGCCCCGCCGUUUCGCCUCUCUUCUCCUCGCCUCGCCGCCCGGAGGGGAAAGUUGUCUGCGGGGCCGGGCCGGGCGCGAUGCCGGGUCGCGGCGCGCCCUGCCUGGGGCUGCUGCUGCUGCUGCGCCUCCUGCUGCUGGGCUGCGGUUGGGCUCAGCAGCCGCCCGACGCCUGCCAGACCUUCUGCCGCUGCCUGGAAGCGGCCAAGACGGUGAAGUGCGUGGACGGGAACCUGACGGCGGUGCCCUCCGACCUCCCGCCUUACGUCCGUACCCUCUUCAUCACCGGCAACCGCCUGGCCCGCCUGCCCGCCGGCGCCUUCCCCGCCCAGCGCCUGCCCCACCUCAGCGCCCUCAACCUCAGCGCCAACCACCUGCAGGCCGUGGAGGCCGGCGCCCUGGCCUCCCUGCCCACCCUGCGCCAGCUCGACCUCAGCGGCAACCCCCUGGUCUCCCUCAGCCCGCUGGCCUUCGGGGAGGGCGGCAGCCCGCUGGAGGAGCUGGCCCUGCGCGGGGCUCUGCGCGACCAGGGCGUCCUCCUCAGCCUGGCCGCCAUGUUGCAGUCCGGCGCCCUGCGCAACCUCAGCCGCCUGGAGCUGGCCGACAACGGGCUGCUGCUGCUGCCCGCCGGCAUGUUCUCUGCCCUGCCUGCCCUGCGGCACCUGGACCUCAGCAACAACUCCCUGGUGGGCCUGCGGAACGUCUCCUUCCAAGGGUUGGGCCAGCUGCAGAGCCUGGACCUCAGCGGCAACUCGCUGGGCGUGCUGAGGAACGGCACCCUGGCCCAGUUCCGCAGCCUGCCCGCCCUCCGGCGCGUCCGCCUGGCCCGCAACACCUGGGUCUGCGACUGCGCCAUCGAGGACCUGGUGGCCUGGCUGAAGGAGAGCGACCAGGUGGAGGGCAAGGAAGCCCUGACCUGCGCCUACCCCGAGAAGAUGCUGGGCAAAGCCCUGCUGAAGCUCGACAGCUCGGACCUGGACUGCUCCGUGCCUGUAGACCUGCCUUCCCAGCUACAGACUUCCUACGUCUUCCUAGGGAUAGUCUUGGCUCUCAUCGGGGCCAUUUUCCUCCUGGUUUUGUACUUGAACCGAAAAGGAAUCAAAAAGUGGAUGCACAACAUCAGAGAUGCCUGUAGGGAUCACAUGGAGGGCUACCACUACAGGUACGAGAUCAACGCCGACCCCAGGUUGACAAACCUCAGCUCCAACUCGGACGUCUGACGACGGGACACGGGGCAGCAGUGCGCAGUAGCUAUGCAUGAAAAGUAGACUUUUUAAGGCUUUUACCCUCGUGCUUGCUUCCCUCUCCCCAAAGAAACCUCAGAUGUGCUCAUGAUACAAAGAGGGGGGAUCAUCUGCCUCCCCCUGACGUCAAGUUGGGUUUUGUUUUGAGAUGCUGGGCAGCUGCGCAUGGCGUGGGGCUGUAUGUAGGAAAAAAGCUGCUACUUCUUUUCCUCCUUGCCUGUCUGUACUUGUGGGAAAUCUUUCUUUCGAGAUCUCAAAAGAACAAAAAAAAAAAAAAACAAAAAAAAGGAUUCUCUCUGGUGCUCCGAAGCCACCAGAGUUUAUAAAAAAAAAUAAAACAUAUAUAUUUACCGAUGCAGACACCAUUCAACAAAAGCUGCCUCAACUUUUUUUUUGGGAAAAAAAAAUGUUAUGUUCCUCUGUGCCAGUUUUGAUCUUGUAUAUCCGAAUUGCGAUGACAAGGAUUGCAUUUCACAGACUACCUUGAGGUUUAAAAAAAACCCCAAGAAACUCUUUUUAACAGCUCCUCUGUUACAAAGAAGGAAACGGAAUAGUGAGCAUGCACAAAUACUUUCUAGUUUUACAUGUUAAGAAACUUACAAUCUCAGUGAGUCUCUUACUAUUUUGUAAAGUUAUUUUUUUGAUUGCAGUUUACAUGAAACGAGAGGGGUUUUUUUUAUACAAACUGCAUCUAAACUCCAUCUGAACUGAUAAAUUCAAUAAACAGUCUUACAAGAACUGUUGUCUUGAAGUUUGCUGUUCGAUGAGAAGUGUAUGGACAUCUAAGCACGUGGAUAGCUUUUAUAGUCUCUGGAGCAAUAGCCCUGCAGUAGUAAUCUUAAAUCAAAUUUUACACCAAUGUGUAGCUUAGAGACAGAAGUGUUUGAUGAUUUUGUGAAAUGUGCUGGGAGGAUUACACCGAGCAACGACGACGAGAGCAGUUUCACUUGGCACAACCGCCUCCCCGCCCUUCCCCUCCUUGGUCUGCUCUCAAAAAAAACUGCAAAACAUCGAGACAGAUGCAAGGGUCCACCUUGCUGGGAAGGUACAAGCUGAGAGAAUUGACAUAAGGUCUUCUCUACCAAAUUGAAAAAAAAAAACCAAACUGAAAUUGAGUGGUGGAGUUCGUAGGCUAAAGAAAAUUUUGCCUGAAUUGAAUUGUUUAUUCUGGAAAAAAAAUAUAUAAAAAAAGCAGGAGACUUUCAUGUCCUGAACUAAAUUUAAUGCAGCUCAGUCAUGUAGUGGGCGAGCUUCAGGCUUGUAAAUCAAUGCAGCAUUUACUGAAUUAAGUAUUUACGGUUCCAUUUUAAGCUCUCGGUACUCGGGACGUUCUUUAGUGACCGACAUAGAGUAACUUGAUGGGACUUUACAUUUAUCUUAAAAGCUUAUAACAGGUGCUUUUCAGUAUUGUAUGUUACUCAUGUUUAUUACUUGCUUGGGAAUGCAUUUUCUUGUAAAUAGAUAAAGCAUGCGAAGAAAAAAACUUCCAAAAUGCAUCAUUUGAUAUGCAACUCUGAUGAUAAAGGAAAAAAUUAGCAAGAAUCUUCCAGUGGGCACCAAGAAUUAAUGCACUUUUUUCUAAUCCAUGUAUAUAGAUUCUUAAUGAAGCAACUCUACCAACUGUAAAAGCGUGAUGUCAAUUGGUAUCUGUGAGUACAUCUGUGGAGCUUUUUCCAUGGUCACUAUUACUUGAAGCUCUCGAGUGUCUCUAAAAUUUUCUUAAUUGCUGGCUAGUUUCCUUUGCUUUCAAAAGUGACAGUUUUCUCAUAGAUAGAUGCCUUCGGUAGGAGCUUAGAAAUAUAAAAUAUUCCUUAAAGUAUCAAAAGAAAUAUAAUCUAUUUUGGGCAUCGGUAUUAUUCAAAUGCAUUUUUCUCGCCUUGUAACUUCAGACAAAGCAAGUAGCACAAGUCAGUUCAGACUAAUUUUAUAUUGCUUUAAAUUGGCAAUGGUUUUUUUAAAGGUAGUUUUGUACGUUAGCCCUCAAAAAUAACAAUAAAAAAGAAUUAAUAUGAAGUAUACAAUUAAUAUUUUGAUAAACCAGUGUAUUUUACAAUUAAUGUAAGUUAAGUGGUAGCCUAUUUCUCCUGCUGUGAUUUAAAUAUCUGAGCAAUAUCUGGUUAACAGCGUAGGAAUUAAAUGUGUGGACUCUUAAAAAGCAGGCUGCUGGUCUGAGUUUUAGCUGCCCAUAUUUUAAGAAUAGUGUAAAAACCCCAGUGUGAAUAACUUAUUACUGUGCAACUAUGCAAACUCUUCAUUCUUGGUAUGUAUAAGAUAUUUUAUGUAAAAAGCCAGAAUUUUGCAAUAGCUCUGCAGUGUGCUUUGUUGUAGCGGUCAUUUCGGAGGUUAUCAACUUGCACUUAUUUGUACAGUGCCAAGAGGAGUAGGGAUUCAUCCUUUUGCUUAAGAUGCUCCUGUAAUAUAAUAGAUAAAAAUAAUGUACAAACCAAGCCUUUUCUGGGGCCGUUUCUUGGGUUUUGUUAAUGGAUACUUUAAAGCAGCUACAGUAAAAGCAAUUAUCCGCGAUGUGUUAAUGUAGCAGCCGUGCAUUUAUAGAGCUGUGACUUUAAUUGCACCUCACCAACAGACUAUUUGUAUAGUGAGCAAGUGUAACUGUUGUAUUACACCUAUUAUUCUGAACAUGAUGAUGAUGAUUAUUUUUGUAUCAUAGAAAAAUCAUUGUAAUAGAAUUUUAUCCGAGACCCGGUGACGGCUACUUUGCAGUAAUUCUUGCCAUUUGCUUAGGUGUGUAUUUAUUAGGAUGUACCAGUCAGCAUGUGUCAGUGUUGUGUUGGAUAAUGUUCUCCUACAGUGUGUGACCAACAGCGAAUGCCGCAGUGUUUUGGACAAUUUAACCUUAAAUCCCCUUCCAUAAACAGUGCUUAAAACUUGUUUUCCUUUUCCUAUGGCACAAUAGGUUCUCAGAAGCCUUUUAAAAAGUAGCUCCCGAAGCGCUUCACAACUUGGUUAAAAAGUCUACGUUUAAAAUAACGUUAAGUUUAAGGGUUCUCCUGAAGCACGUUGUAGAAUCUUGCUCUGCUUUGACACCUGAAAUUUCGAUUCGUUUCCAUUUCUAGAGCAGCUUAAUUAGCGAGGCUGUUUCAUUCAUUCGUUCCUCAAUAAAACACGUGCGGUACUAAA